CAAGAGGUGCUAAUAGAUGUGCACCAAGUCGCUUCUUAUUCGGUACAGAACGUCGCAACUGUUUCGACGAUUGAUCGAUCGACACAAUUGAUCGUACAGCGGAUUAAUUUAUAGAAGUACACGCGAUGCGAUGGUGAAAUACAGAUGGAAAUUUAUACGUGCGCGAAAAAUAAUUCGACGAAAUUGAAAAAUUUAACUCUUUCAUUCUGCGGUCAAAAAUCGGUUCGCCAAAUUUUUAAACUCUGCAAAUACAUUAAACUCACACGCGGUGUAAAUUUAAACUUUUGUUUUUUAAUCAGUGUCUGCUCUUACAGAGAUUGGUAAUCGAAGAGUGCGCGUACAAUUUGAAUCAGCUGUAUAGAAUUGAAUAAUUAGGGGUGCAACAAAUGGUAAUUGGAUAAAGAUUCGUCAAGUGCAAAGUGCAGAUAUAAACGGACACCAAAAUGGCAGACAGUGUGAUUCCUCGUCGGCCGCCGAUUUCUAACGCAUCGUCAAAAGUGUCGAUUCAUUCUGUUGAGAGUAGCGCGAGAGCAGCGGCAUUUAGCAUUGACAGAUUAUUAGCACCCUCGAAGGGUGACGACGGCAAUUCUUCAACUCAGAAUCAAAAUACAAGGGAUAUUUUUCGGACGCAAACUAAUAUUACUCGGCCAGAGUUUAACGAACAAGAAACGGGGUUGACAACAAACGUGCCGGAUUCUUCAAUGUCGGUUACGGAGGAAGAGGAACAAAUCGAUCUCGAGGACGUGGAUAUAGUUUGUUCAACUUCACCCGAGCCUGAGAUAAGCUACGAGGCGUGUACAAGCAGCAGUGGAACAAACUUGUCCUCCGGCAGCGUUGGCGGGGAUGAAAAUCCCCUUACUCGACCUGGAAGCGGGUGUGGGACGAGCGACGAAGAUCGGAAAAAAAGACCGCGCACCGCAUUUACAGCCGCCCAGAUCAAGUCGCUGGAGGCGGAGUUUGAGAGGAACAAGUACUUGAGCGUGGCUAAGAGAUUGCAGCUCAGCAAGAGCCUCAAACUCACCGAAACUCAGAUUAAAAUUUGGUUUCAAAAUCGUCGAACGAAAUGGAAAAGAAAAUACACGAACGACGUGGAAUUAUUCGCACAACAGUACUACUCCAGCUUAGGAAUUCCAGCGCCAAGACCAAUAUUUGUCGGCGAUCGUCUAUGGUUUUUUAAUUACCCUGGACAACAACCACAUCCCGGGUCCCCGUUGUUACCGUCCUUGUCGCAUCUGACGCCGAUGGCAAUGCCUCCAGCGAUGCCAGCCGUUCAAGCACUGCCAAGUAAUCUUCCACCUGGUCAACACGCCGCCAUAUUUCAGGGUAUGCCUUCACCGCACUCCUCGCAUCACGGGAGUCAGAGAUUAGACUACAGACUUGUACACACUCCCCAUCGUAAUGAGGAAUCUUGAAGGAAACAAGGAAAUUGCGGCAGUGACGAUAAUGGGAUGUGAUUAUCAUCAUUCAUCAUUUUUGUAAUCGAAUCUACAUUUUCCAAUGCAGAUUCCCGAAGACAUCGUU